AUGAACAUAAACAACAACUUCAACACACCACCCAUACACCUUCCCCAAUCGCUUAAUCUCCCAACAUACCAAACACCAACAACAAUACAGCAAAUAAAUGGAAAAUCGGUACAAUCAACAUUAGAG